AUCCCAACUUAGUUCAUAUAGCACUAAUUGAUUAAAUCUUAAGAUGGUCGAGCUCGUGGGAAUUUCCAACUUACCUAACCAAAGAUAUAAGAUUAUUUCUAAUGAAGGUGCCACGUUCACCUUAAUGGUUUGUGGUGAAAGUGGAUUAGGAAAGACCACCUUUAUUAACACUUUGUUUCAAACCAAUUUAAAACCUCAUUUAGAUCCUAAUGAAAGGCAUAACAAAUUCACAACCCCUCACCAGACUGUGGACAUUGAUAUUAUAAGAGCGGUAUUGGAAGAGAAGAACUUCAAAAUUAGAUUGAACGUUAUUGACACCCCUGGUUUUGGAUCGAACGUGAACAACCACGAUAGCUGGACUCCCAUUGUUGAUUUCAUUGACGACCAGCACGAAAACUAUAUGAAGCAAGAACAGCAACCAAGUAGAGAAGCAAAGAAGGAUUUGAGAGUUCAUGCUUGUCUUUAUUUCAUUAGACCCACUGGCCACAGUUUAAAGCCUUUGGAUAUUGAGAUUAUGAAGAGAUUAAGUACCAGAGUUAACUUGAUUCCAGUUAUUGCUAAGAGUGAUACCAUGAGUCCUGUUGAGUUGGACAAUUUCAAGAGCAGAAUAAGAGAUAUAAUUGAGGCCCAGGAUAUCAACAUUUAUACUCCUCCAUUGGAUUUAGAUGAUCCAGCUAGUGCUGAACAUUCCAAGCAAUUGAUUGAAGCUAUGCCAUUUGCUGUUAUUGGAUCCGAACAAGAAUAUGAAGUUUCUAAGGGUAACUUUGUUAAAGGUAGAAAGUAUCCAUGGGGUUUUGUCGAGGUUGAAAAUGAAAAUCACUGUGACUUCAAGAAGUUAAGAUCCUUAUUGUUGAGAACUAAUAUGUUGGAUUUGGUGUUAUCGACCAACGAAUUACACUUUGAAACCUUUAGAAGUAUCAAGUUGGGCAAUGAUGAGAAUAAUGACGAAAUUGUGAAUGAGAAUGGCGAGGUUAUCAAGAAGUCAUCGAUCAAGAAACCAAGAAGAUUCCAUAACCCAAAGUUCAAGGAAGAAGAAGACGCAUUAAAGAAGUAUUUUACUGAGCAAGUAAAAGCUGAAGAGCAAAGAUUUAGACAAUGGGAAACCAAUAUUGUCAACGAAAGAUACAGAUUGAACCUGGAUUUGGAAGAGAUGCAAGCCAAAUUAAAAGCUUUGGAGGAGCUGGUGAAAAAGUUGCAAUUGGGUAAGAGAUAAGUAUGUGUUAGCUUUAGUUUAGUGUAUUUUGCUAGGAUUAUUGUAUAAGAAGUAUUUACACCCUUUUGAAAC